UAUAUUUUUAGUGUAAAUAAAACAUUAUCAACGGCAAACAUGGCAGAGAAGCCGAGCAAAGAACAAGACAUUCUUGAGCUUUUCAAAUCGAAGGUGGCAGAAGCAGUUGGAAUGGUGGCAUUAAUCCCUGAUGCUCAGAAAAGACAACUGCAUGACUUCUGGGAUGUGAUAUCAAAUACUAUUAACCCAUCAAAUAAAUCUGCUGACAUUGAUAGAAAGAAGACUGAAGAUGCAAGUGUAAACAUUUCAGAGAAAUUUGGUGAUCGCCAUCAAUUUAAUGAGGAUGAAGCUAGUAAUAACAGUCAGAAAGAAUGUGAAGGUGCUGAUGAAAUUAAGAAUGAUGAAGCAUCUCAUAGCAUUCAAGAGGGAUGUGAAGAUGCUGAUGAAGGUAAAAGUGAUGAUCCAAGCUUUAACAUUCAAGAGGAAUGUCUACCAUCAGAUGACUCCAGACAACAAAUUCAAGCCAAUCAAAACACUACAAAUGAAGAAAGUGUGCUGGUCUCAUCGGACAUUCAAGACUUUUUUGACAUGGUUUCCACUUCAAAUCAAGUUUCAUAUUCAGAGUCUCCUGUGACCAGCACCUUGUCAAGUCAGAAUCUGUCAGUGGCACAGUAUUGUCCACCGGAUGAUAUGCAUUCACAGUUUACAGGCACAAAUCAGCAGGAUGUAAGAUUUGAAGUUGAUACUCACAACAGUUUUGAUGAGACUAGUAGUAAUGCAGAAUACCUCCAGAAUAGAAAUGACAUUGUUGAAAUAGAAGCAGUGCCAGCUGCUCCCACAAAGGAAAGUAUGGUGAGCAUGCUGAAAAAAGAAAUCACAGUCCCAACAGAAAUUCUGUGUGAAGUAAGAGAAGACAGUCAGACAAUAGAAAUCCAUCUGCCACAAGACUUUGCAGAAGGAGAAAUUUUGACGCCAGAAAAACUUAGUAUGUUACUGCAGGGUCAGUUUCAGAGUUAUUCAUCACCUGUGAAAGCAGAGCCUUCAAAUAUUCACCAGUUUGUAGAUAACAUUUCAGUAAAUUCAUCACCUACAGCGGAAAAUGUUUCCAAACAAGACAACAAGGAUGCACCUCAUGAACAGACUGUACCUAAAAGCAGUAGAUCUAACAAGAAUGAUUAUAGUGAUGAAGUUCUUCAUGAAAUCCAAGACAAUCAAUUUCCUAAAGCAGACUCUCACAUUGUACCUAAUUAUGAUGAACAUUCUGAAAGUAAUAAAAGUAAAAAAAAGAGAAAACAUUUGAGAACUUCUUCUCCAGGGAGAACCAGUAAACGAAUAAAACAAAGAAAGGACAACAUAAAUCUGGAGGGAGACAUAUUGACUCCAGAGAAGGUUUUGGAUUAUUUGUAUGGUGAAGAUAUUGAUAAGGAAAUUGAUGGUAAAGACAUCGACAAUAAUGAUGCUGAUGAGGAACAAGCAGUGAGAACCAGUAGAAAAAGAAGAAGAAGAAACCGUCUGAGUAAACCAGAAACCAGCUCUAAUUCUGAACCAAGAAAACGGCAGCAUGCUCAGAAUCGACCACGAGAGGAAAGGAAUAAACUAGGAAAUAUUGAAUUGGUUUGGGAAUGUAAAACAUGUGGAAUAAAGUUAUCAAAUUCUGGAGCUCUUCAUGUUCACCAGAGAAAGCAUACUGGAGCCAGACCAUUUUCCUGUAAAGAAUGUGACAAGACUUUCACAACUAAGCAGAAUAUGAAACGGCAUGAGCUCAGUCACACUGGAGAGAAACCUUUCUCUUGUGAUCUGUGUGAAAAAAGUUUCACAGAGAAGAAAAGCCUUAUAAUACACAACAGGACUCACACGGGCGAGAAACCCUAUGUGUGUGAGAUCUGCAGUAGAGGUUUCACUCAGAGUGUCACACUGAAAACGCACAUGAUGGUACACACUGGUGACAAGAAACACUUGUGUGAGCUGUGUGGAAAGUCCUUCAAGCAGCGUGCAAACCUCCUCUCACACAAAAAACGUCACCUAGAGGAGAAGACGUACAACUGUUCAGACUGUAGUUUCUCAUUCUUCACUAAAGGAGAAUUAGAUCGCCAUAUUCUGCGACACACUGGAGAAAAACCAUUCCAAUGUGACAUAUGCCCAAAACGCUUCACACGACAACAAUACCUCAACGAACACCUUAACAUUCAUAUUGGUAAUAAGCCUUAUAGUUGCAACAAGUGUGAGGAGAAAUUUCAUGACCAGUCAACAUACCAUCGUCAUCUAAAGAAGCAUAAGCCUAAAAAGGAGGAUGUAGUGAAAGAGGAAGUGAUAUUGGAAACGUUGAGUACUGAAGAUCCAAAAGAAACAACUACUUAUGUAAUGGAAACAAACAGUUUAUUGGGGCAGGAUGCACUUGAACAAUUACAGGCUGUAAUCAAUAAUGAAGUGGAGAAGAUACAGCAUCAAUCAGGCACCAGUCAGCCUUAUCAAACUGUAAUACUCAAAGGUAGUAGUGCACAGCCAGUGGAGACAUUGGAGGAGGGCACUAAGAACACAGCAGUGGUCAAGGAUGGUGUUAGUGACCAGGUGUAUCAGAUUACAAUGGUUGACCAGUCACAGGAAGUUGUAGCCACUGUGGAUUUUUCAGCAUUCAAUCUUCUAGCCAAUGCCACUGCUAAACAGUAUGCUAUAUCUUCUGAAUAGUUUGGAAAGUCUGAGAGAUUUCUUGGAAUUUAAUCUUCUGACUGAUAUCACAUUCUUUAAGAUACUUUGUCACUUUGAGUUCCUGUAAUCAGUUAUCUGAUUGAGGCCAAAGCAAAUCAGUGUUCUGUUUUUUUUUGUUAUGUUGAUACUUUAGUCAUAUUUAAUGCUGCUGUUUGUAGUCUUUUUAAAUCAAAUUAAAGUGUAACUGGGGUGAAGAAAUAUUUCUCAAUAUUUGAAAUUGUUAGGUAUUACACACCAGAUGGAAUCAAAAGACAAAGUGAAAACUAUUUAUUCCUCUUUGAUAUUGCUGAAUGCAAAACUGUUAAGGUUAAAGAAUGUUGGCAAGACUUUUAUCUACUUGAAUUUUGAUGACACCAGCUCUCCUGAUGGUAUACUUGAAAAUCAUGGUAAAUCUUUUGUAAUUUGUGAACUUUUUGGCAAUAAAUUUAAGUAUGAAAUUUAAAUUUGUAAGUUCUGUUUUAAAGGUGGAAAUUAUUUUUCUGAAGGUCAUUGUUUAUACACAAAUACAUGUUGAUUUGUAGCAUGUCAUCGGAGUGUUAGGACUUAUAUCAUGGAGGGCAAUUGGUUACAUCCAUGUUAUAAGUGGGUAACUGUAAACCAUGGUUAAGAAAACAAUCAUAUUUCAUGAGUAGAGUAGAUAUUUAUGAAGUAAAACUUUUUAUGGUGGUGUUGACGAAAGAAAAUAUUCAGUUUACAAGAAAAUGAGUAAAAGAUUUUUAUUCAUCAAUAAAAUGAAAAAUUUUGCAUA